GUGUGCACUUGUGCAAAGUGUGACGAGCUGGGCGUAUGUUUUGGCGCCUUCCCGCACUGAAGCCUUUCUAAUAAGACCAACAGGACUUCCUUUUUCUCUUUUAGUCUCAAGUUUUUAGUACGUUUACUUUUAGCAGGCAAGCUAAGAUGUCUCACACGGUCAGCCCGACCAGCACCGGCAGGACUUCCGCGUCCGACGGCGGCUGCAACCUGGGAUACACCCGAACCAUCCCGGGACUGCUCAAAAUGGCUCAGAUGGUGGCGCUGCUUGUCACCUUCCUGUGCGUUCACUGUGCACGAGGCUGGCCUAGCUGGGCUGCGUUCCAGUACUUUGAGGUGGUGGCCGUGUGGUUCCUGGUGGUGCUCCUGAUCUUCUUCCUCAUGCACUUGUGCCGCUUACAGGCCAAGAUGGGUUGCAUCAAUUGGCCGCUUACUGAAUUCUUCCACUACUCUCUAGGUACGAUCCUGAUCUGCAUCGGCUCCAUUGUGGCGGCCGUGAAGAGUGGAGGAGUGUCUGCUCUCGUGGCGGCAUCUGUGUUUGGUUUUAUCACUACCUUCCUGAUGGCGGUCAGCUUGUGGACGUCUUACAGUGUCUCUUGUGGGCCACACCACAAUGGCGCGACCAUGUAAUGGCCAGAAUCCUGAUUGGCUGCCUCUGGAGCUCAACCAGCCAACAAGUCAACGUGAUUGGAUGAGAGUUGGGAGCCGAGAUUCUAAUCCAGGAGCAGUCUCGUUUAAAAAAAAAAAAAAAAAAAAGUCUGAAUGUUGCCGGUGCUUCUGAGAGUCACCUUCACAUCAGUGGCACACCAAAACAACAACAACAGGUGCGAACAAUACAUAGUCAACUCCAUGACUACAUUUCCCAUCAUUCCCGCUGUUUGAUAAAAAUGUCGCUUAAUUGUUGCUUUCUCAUUAGAGACACUGAGAGCAUUGCUGUGUGCCAUAAUGACCUGCCUGUGUAUUUUCCGUUGAUUUUUUUCCACUGUUUACAGUCCUGCAAUAGCGUUUAGCAUGCUAACCUCACAAACGGACAUGAUGUUGGACCAUCCUCAUCAUCUUUAUAAUCCACGCACUGCGCUAAAGUGAAAUGAUCAGAUGCUGAAGCACUUUCCGCAGCCGCCAUGCUAAGCUAAAGUAAUGUUAGUAUUCAGAAUGCUAACAUGCCAACAAAUUUCUUACUGAGCCACCUCCAGGAUUACUGUCACCUGGGCUGUGCUAAGCAGAAUAAGUGUUAGCAUUUAGCAUGCUAACCUCGCAUGCCAGAAAUGCAAUGCUGAACCACCAUCAUCAGCCAUGUAAGGCUAAAAAGUGUUAGCAUUGAGUAUGCUAAUAGGAAGGGUGGCAAUGCUUAACCACCAUCAUCUUGAUCAUCAUCAUCAGUCUUAUGCAACACUAAGAUGACGAAUUAGUUCUUAAUGUGCUAAAAUAGUAAACAAGACAACGUUGAACCAUUUUCCAUCAUCAGCUACGUGUCACGCUUGGCAUUAAAAGCAUGCUAACCUCGCAAACAGAUUCAAGGCUGAACCAUCAGCUAAGCUAGGCUAAGGAAAUGUUAGCAUUUAGCAUGCUAACUUACACUAGACUAGUGUGAUGAGUCAGUGUGCCAACAAUCACCUCCUUACGGGUUACAUGCACACUAAACUGUUGUCACGGCAACAGGCGGGCCAGCGUGCACGGUGCUACACUUUAAACUUAUGUACCACCAAGAAGUUGAAGUUUACACAACAAUGAUGAUGAUUAUGGUGAUUAUUAUGACAAAAAUGUGAAAGCACAGGAACACAAAAGUUAACAGACUGUUAACAAUAACAAUACUUUGGACGUUUAUAUUCAAGCCGUAUUUGUGUGCCGGUUAGCAUCAUGUGACCUGUAUGUGCAAAUCUGUGACCAAUCACAUGCGCUCACUGACUUUUAUGGAAAAUCAGUUGCCAAAAUCAGAAAACAAAGACAUUUGAAGGAUCUCUAAGUCAAUCGCCAAAUGAAUGUCAUUUUGGGUUGUCGCUCAAAAUGCCUGUAUUUUUUUUUUGCAAGUGUGUGUAUAUUAUAAUGUUUGUUAGUCACCCAUUUUGGUUAGAAGCAGCCACUCUAGGGCAAGAUACCGCAGUAGUGUCUACAAUACAAAUGAAUUGUCCUUUGAAAUGUGCAUCAAAAUAUAAGACAAGUAGCAAAAUUAGCCACAUGGCAUGAUGUUGUUCAGUGUAAUCGCAUAUGCUAGCUGUUAGCAAGAGCUGUAGCUAUACAAAUCAUUUCUAUUACGCUGGUUUUACACUUUUUGAAGGAGAAAAAAAACAUUUUAUGAGUAAUAUGAACUUUUAUUUAUGACUGAACGUUCAUUUUUUUUUCUUGCACAUGCGUCAGAGUUUGCCGCAAAUCUUGUUUUACUGUUUGGGAAGCAGAAGGGUUUAGCAACAAGCAUUUGCUGCGUAGCUGUUGACAACAUUUCAAACUUCCCAAAGUGACGAUUGUAUUCUAAAAAAAACAACAAGCUGAAUUUAAAAACAUGAUUGUAUCCUACCACAGCAGUUAUUUAUAUCCUGUCAUCUAGUGAAUGUUUGAAUCCUGCUGCAAUAUUAGUUUUUUUAUGCUACUUAUGGUUGUUAAUUUUUAUGCAUAGGUGAUCAUAAACACUAAAAGAAUUUCAUAGCUUCAUCUUUUCCCAAAGUGCCUUAACGUGCCACUCGAUGGAGCAGUUAGCACCACAGCGGCAAGGCAGCGAGCUACCUUGAUGCUAAGAGGAAAAGAGCACAGUAUUUACACGUGCUUUCAACUUUUAUUUGAAGUUUGGCAUUGUGAUGUGCUGCAUGUUGUCAAUUAAAACUUUGUUUCACCAA